AUGAAUCAUUUAUAUGAAAUUAACCAAAUGUCUGCUGCUCAAAAUAAACACUGGAAUUUUCUAAAAUCAUUGUCCAAAGAUAAGAAUGUUGAUCAAGUGAACAAAAAGCUUGAAGAAAUUUCACUAGAGAAGAAAAAUGAGAUAACUCUUAAACAGGAGAUAGCAAAGCAGCGCCUUAUUGGUCAGUUGUAUGAAAUUCAUAAAGAAGUUGACGAAAUAGACAGAACUAAGUUUACUGUCGACUCCAGUAGAGGAUUAUGGCAAGAAGUACUCAAAGGUCAUAAUCGAUUGUUUCCAAACUUUAUGAACGAAACAAAAUUAAAACUGGACUCAUCGCCGACAGUUUUUACUAAAGUAUCAGCGAAAGAAAAGUCGGUGAAGAAAUCAGCUCUCAAGAACUCUCAUCGUGAAAAAAAGCAUGAAAGCAAGACUUUUCACAUUUUCAAAAGGAAUCAGGAGGAAUUUAAAAGACCUUUACCACGGCCGAAGACUAGGCUGACACUAUCUGCUCCAAAGGCUAGACGAAUCAAAAGAAGACCAACCACCACUCCAGUGUCAUCUCGGUUUACUUUGUUUAAAAAUUUGACAUCAGCCGUCGGUUCCGCAUCUCAAAGGAAAUUACGCUUUCUUUCUAGAUCCUAUCUGGAGUUAGAAAAUCAAAUUCGAGUUGAACGUCGAAAAAAUCGACAAAUGAAAUCAUCAAGAUCAUGUCCACCAAGUGCAAGCCUGUCAAUAAAUAAGAACGAUCAGGUUGAUUCCAUGCGAAGCAUUAGCUCAAGACCUUCUUUAAUGUCUCCAACAACUCCAAGAGAACAAAGGCUGAAGAGAUGUUUGUAUUUCCUUAAAAUUGAACAAAUAGAACUUCAAGAAAAAAUUAACAAAUUUUGUGAUGACAUUAGUGAGUUCACUAAAAAGUCACAUAAUAUUGAGGAUAAAGUUGUGGCUGAUGAUGCUUUAUCUAUCAGUAUGUUUUGA